AUCUUCCAAGAAGGCGUCCCCUGACCCUCGUGGAGACUUUUUUGCCCUCAGGCAUUGACUUAAAAUUCUACUUCCAGUUUACUUCGCCAUUGCCUCUUUCCGUGGUCUAUUGGGAGGACUAUCAGCAAGUUUUUACCAGUCUUACUAUGGAUAUCAACGAAAUUCUGGGAAUCGCCAACCAUGCCACCAGGUUUUUUCAAAAGAUUUGCAACGUCAAUGGAGUCAAAGCGAAGAUGGAUGCUCUGGAAAGUAAUAUGGGACUGGUGUCAGCCAGGAAGGAUGACAUUAGUUUGGAACUAGAGCAGGAAGAGCAGAGACCAGGAAAGAGAAGGAAGAAUGAAGUUAACUUGUGGAUACGAAGAGUAGGAUCACUGGAGGGUCAAGUCCGCGAGUUAGGACGAAAAGUUGAAGAGCGCCAUUUCUUUUAUCAUAGCGUGUUGGAGGAUCAGGUGAGUGGCCUUGCUACCAAAGUGGAAAUAUUGGACAAAAAGAGUAGAUUUUUUAACGGUCUCACGCUGGACGUAAGACCGGCCCGAGGCUAUAAGCUACAACCAGGUGAACUAGUGGGACAAGCUUCUCAAACAAUAAAGGAUGAGAUCUGGGAUUGCUUGAUGAGGGAAGAGGUGCUCCUUGUGGGCGUUUGGGGUCAGAGGGGAGUGGGCAAGACCUUUCUCACAAAGCAUAUACAUGAUCGAAUCGUGGAAGAAUGUCCAAGGUUUGAUGGCGCUUGCUUAGUCACUGCAUCACAAGAAUGCAAUGUUGGUAGGAUACAAGCCGAUAUUGCCAACUAUCUCAAACUUGAUCUGACAGAGGUGAGCGGUGUUUACUGGGGUGCAAGACUGAAGGAGGCAUUGCAGGGUAGGAGACUCCUCUUUAUCUUGGAUGAUGUUGGGAAAUAUUACUCCUUGGAAGAAGUGGGUAUAGCCCUGGAAAGAAAUGGAUGUAAAUUGAUCGUGACGUCGCGAUCGAGGGAUGUGUGCGAGCAAAUGAAUUGCCAUGACCUUGUCCAUGUACCAACUCUUGCCGAGGAGGUGCCUCGGAGAUAGGAGGAAGUGUCAAAACUAGAACCAGAGGGUUUUGGGAAGUUAGAAGAAGUAAGCUGGUUGUCUCAGGGCGUUGAUAAAUUUGACUGGGAAGUUAGAGGGGCACAAUCAACUGUAAAUUCCAUUUAGCAACUCGGGAUUUUGCGGACGUCCCAAGUUAACUUCCACAUUUGUUUCUUCUCUCUCUUUUUGUUUGUUUCUUGUAUGUACAAUGAUAUAAGUAUAUUUCCCCCAUAAUUUGAUUGU